ACACGAAAAUGUAAAUUAGAAAAAACAAAAAAAAAAAGAAAAAACCCAAAACCCCAAAAACCUCUCUCUCCCCGGCAGCCAUGGCUUCGGAGAAGAAGAAGCAGAAGAGGAAGAGAAAGAAGCACACUCUCUCGGAGCUCAAAACCAUGGGGCAGCAGCUUCUAACAUCAAGAGCUCACGUCAACAACCUCCCCCUUCUCCUAUCCUGCAUCACCCCCAAUUCUCCGCCACCACACGCCCUCGAAUCUCUCCUCUCACUCCAAUCCUUCUUCACUCCUCUCAUCCCCAAUCUCCCCUCCUCCUCCAAGCAUCCCGACGCCGAUCCCGACCCCGAAUUCAUCUACCUCACGUGGCUGCGCUCCAAAUUCGACGAGCUGACGCAGUGCCUCAUCGACCUCGUCUCCUCCUCCCAAUCCGACGGCGCUCUCAGGGAAGUUGUGCUUGAUUCGAUAAUGGAAUUUGUGAACGUCGGAAAUGCGGGGAAGUUCAAUACCGCUGUUUAUCACAGGCUUCUCCGUGCUAUUGUUCGUUCUGAGCUUAGUGUUGAUGACGUUGUAUUGGAUAUGCUAGCAGAGAAGUAUUUCAAUUACGUUGAUGUUCGGUACUCACUUGCAGUUCCUUCGAAAAGCUGGCUCGGACUUUGGAGAAGGAAGGUUCGGACUCUUUAUACUGUUAUGAUACUCAUCGGUGGGCAUGGAUCUAGUGAAAACAAAGAAGUAAGUCAGGAUGUGAAUGAUCUCGUCUCAAGAUCAAGCAUUGAGCUUUCCAUUCAAAAGAUGUACAAGUUAUUAGCCUGCAUCCAACCACUGGAAGCUGUAGAGGAGAAGUUAGAGAUGUGGAACGAAUCAGGCAUCUCCUCACAGGAUAAAGAGGGAAAGUAUAAAAAGUCCAAUGACAAUGUUUUGUCUUCCAAAAAUACUGCAAAGAAAAUGAAACAGAAGUUUACUAAAGCAUGGAUAUCAUUCCUCAGUCUGCCUCUUCCUCUUGAUGUAUACAAAGAGGUUCUUGUAACACUUCAUCAGUCUGUCAUUUCUCACCUCUCAAACCCCAUCAUGCUAUGUGAUUUCUUGACACGAUCCUAUGACAUAGGUGGUAUUGUCAGGGUUAUGGCUCUCAGCAGCCUCUUUAUACUGAUGACACAGCAUGGCCUUGAGUACCCCAACUUCUAUAAUAAACUCUAUGCUCUGUUGGAGCCCUCUGUGUUUAUGGCAAAACAUCGAUCAAAAUUCUUCCAGCUGCUGGGCUCGUGCUUGAAAUCAUCGCUGCUUCCUGCAUAUCUGGCUGCUGCUUUCUGCAAGAAAUUGAGUAGACUUGCACUGUUUGCCCCUCCUUCAGGAGCAUUAGUCAUCAUCGCUUUGGUUCACAACCUUCUACAGAGGCAUCCUUCGAUUAGUUUUCUGGUCCAUAGGGAAAUCGAUCCGGAUACUAUUGCAGAAAACAACACUCCUGAUGGUGCGAGCGAGGACUUGUUUGAAGAGAAGCCAGGAAUUGAUCACUUUAAAAAUGAGGAAAAUGAUCCUAGAGAUACCAAUGCUAUGAGAAGCUCUCUCUGGGAGAUCGACACUCUUCGUCAUCAUUACAGCCCUCCGGUUUCAAGAUUCGCUUUGUCUCUGGUGAAUGAUUUGGCUGUAAGAAGCAGACUUCCUGAAGUUGCAGUAAGCGAUUUCAGUUCGGGUUCAUAUGUUACAAUUUUCGGCGAUGAGAUAAGGCGAAGGGUCAAACAGGUGGCGUUGGCGUUCUACAAAACGACUCCCGCGUGCUUGUUUUCUGAGCUGGAUUUUCCGGGUUGGACAUUCAAAGAUGAUCACCAAGAUACAUCUGCAAAACGGAAACGCGUCGAUUCGAUUCAAGAACGUUAAGGAUAGGAGCAGCUGUUACCUCUUAUUUUAGGAUAGUGAUAAGUGAUAAGCUAUGGGCACAUAAUUUUUGGUGGAAUGGGAUUGAAGAUUAUUCAUAUAGAUGGACAGUUGUUAGAUGGUGACUUGACUUGUGUUUGUUUGAAAUAAUUUUAAAUUUGAGGGCCCGUUUGGCAGCUGGUAUAGAUAAAACUAAGGCUUGUUUGAAGAUGUGGUUAGCAUUGACCCAAUAAAUAAAGUGGUUGUUAAA